GACUGACAUGCUGAUUUAUCAUGCACUGUCGGCCCGAUGCUUGAUAGCUGUGCCCUUUUAGUUUUAGCUGUGCUGUAACCUUGUCUUGAAUGCCAAGCUCAAGUUUUGAGAAGCUCAUCCUUUUGAAGCAUCAAUUGUUGACAGUCCUACAUGUCAUGAUCUGCAUAUUUUUGGUCUUUGCUGAUUGGAAUUGGAAGGCCCUUUGCAAAUAUGUUUCCAAAUCGUAUUUGCAGUUCUGACGAGGUGGAUGGAGCUCAUAGUUCUUGUGUCAAGAUGUUUGCAAAUGGAUUCUCAAGCAUUAAUCACAAUCACGAUCCUAACGGCUCAAGAUGGACAGGUUCUCCUCUAAAACAUGGCACCUCUCUCCAAGAUGUUUCCCAGUACUAUUACAAGUGCAGUAAUGCUAGUCAGAGCAUUCUUGAUAGUUCUCAUCAUAGAUCAAAGGGCAAGAUGGUUGCAAAAGGAUGUUCAAACAUUUACCGUGAUACACUACCUAACAGUCCAAGAUGGACAGGUCUUCCUCUAACAUGUGACAACUCUCUCCAAGAAAGUUACCAGUACCAUAAUGAGUUGAGUAAUGAUAGUCUGAGCAGUCUUGUAAGUUCUCGUCAGUCACCUGAUCUUGACUUCAAUCGAUCAGAUGGAAACCAUGGUUGUAUCGGAGGACCAAUCACCAGUGACUUCAUAGGCCCGGAAGGGGGUAAACUAGAGCUCUAUGGCAAUGUUCUUACCAUACCGAGAGGGGCUGUGUCAAAGAAGACCAAAUUUGAGCUUGGUCUGGUCUGGAACAAAUGCCUUGGGCCCUCCUUUGGGACUGACUGUCAAAUGACAUCCAUUCUAAGCUGUCAACCUUCUGGUGUGAGGUUCCAUCGACCGGUCAUACUUAGCUUACCUCACUGCCUAGAAAGGAACAUGUGUAGCAGCAAACAGAUGAGGCCAUUACUGUACAGCAGUCAUCAUGUGUCUGGUGGAAAACCUGCAUGGUCAAGGUACAGACUUCCAGCCAGCGAUUACUCUUUGGAGCAUGAUAAGAUACAUGUUCAGGUAUUCGACUUCUGUUACCUUGUCUGGGCGUUUGAUGAUGACCGUCCUGACGUGGAAGCCAAGAGGAUGCGCAUCGUUCCGUAUGCUUCACCCAUCUCUCCUGGACAGGAUCAGAAGAUUAGGCUUCACGUCAUUGAUGAUUUAGAGGCAGUGAAAGAGAAAGUGAAAAAGGAAGAGGAAGAACUUGGAGGAAAACGUCUGACAAGCUAUCAUUCCUAUGUGUUUCUAAAGAACCAAGGAAACCUGAAUAUGGAGAUGACUUGGAACUCAGUAGGCUGGGUCCUGUGCUCUUCUCCAAUGAUCAAUGUGCCGUUUCGAGAGAUGUGGGCUUGCGAUCACAACUCCUCCGAGCUGCAGUUCAAGAACCAAGGACAGAACUCUGAUUUUAAAUGCAGAAUUGACAUUUAUCAAGUGGAUAAUGACAGCAAGGUCACUUUGUCAUUCGCCCAUGAUGUUCAGACUGACAGAUCUGAUAGAUCUGAAGGUGUAGCAGUUAAAAGUAGAGUUGAGGUAACGCUUUCAAUGCCAAGAGAAGAAACAAGGUCAGUCAGACCCAGCCCAUUGCAGUUGCAGCUACCAAAAGUCCCACCUGCUCCAGAUAUUCCAAACAAAUUCUUGUCUUUGACAGCAUUCAAUAGCAUGACAUCUAGGCAGCAACACCAUAGGUCUUCUCCUGCUGAGCUAGGGGCCAAUCAAAGGUUUCAAUUUUCAUUUGGCGCAGUCAGUCUACAUGGUGAUCAGCAGAGUUUGGGAGUGCCUUCUAUCGAGAGGGCUGAUGCACUUGGAACAUCAAGAUCAGACCAGGUAGAGGGGUUGGAUUCGGUUAGCAGAAGGGAGACUUCUCAUUAUGGGAAGCCAUCUCGGAAUAAAAAAAUGGUCUCAGCCAUAAACAAUUUGAAUUUUAAAUAUCCCAAUACGACACCAGAUCCAAAUGGAAAUUGUGCAGCUCUUAACCAAUAUUACAUAGAGAACAUGAGUGUACAUUUACCUGAAGGAGUGGAGAAUCAGUAUAAAUCUUGGCAUGUUGAAACUGAAAAUGUCAUACCCUUCCAGUUGAAAAGAAAACUGUCAGUAAAGUUGGAUGAUUCAGUAAGUAUCGGGAAUUGGAUGAAUCUUUCCAGUCAUUGGAAAUUAGAUAGUUAUGAUGCAACAGUACAUAGAGAAAAAUCACCACCAUAUGUAAUCCUUUGCCUAGCAGAGGAAAGGAAGAUUGUGAGGUCAUUGGAUGAUUUAAGAAGUGCUCUGAAAGCGAUUGAGAGAGAUGAUUGUGUAGAUCUUGUAAAUGAAUAUGAAGGAGUUUCUAGUUCUGCUGAGAGUGAUAGUGAUUUAUGAAUUCAACAUAGGUUCAGUGAUUUUAUAGACAUGGACUUUAUUAUCCUGGACUUUGAGAGUGCCGUUGAUAUCGUUCCUCCACACUCCUACAACACAAGCUAGGAAAUUGAGGCAUUGAAGGACCUUUACUUUUGGGGCUGUCACUCUUCCUGACAAAUACACGGAUGAUCGUCAUUGCGAAUUGAGAACAAUUGGCCUUAAUUACAGUUGGAAUCAGGAGAUCCCGAAGGGACUGGCUCGACACAUGUCUCUUCAUCUGUCCAGGGGCCCGCUUCUCAACACCGUAAUUAGUCUUAACUUCUUGAUUAAAUCGGAGAUAGUGAGCUAAAUGUCCGCUAACCGUUUCACGAAGCCCUCUUUGCCAACAUCUGGGACAACAACCUGACUAAAAAAUAUUUAUGACACCUCCAACCCUGUCAUAAUUUUCGUAAUGACGUAGUGGAUUCACCCACAACCCCGGAACAUCACGUAAGCGAUUUAUCAGAUAACUUAUCUCAGACUCCAAAGUGAUCUGUCUCAACUACAACUGUAGGUGACUACAUGGGGAAUCAGAUUUGAUGUUACAAAAUCGCAUAGCAAUUUCUUAUAAUGGAUUAUGCACUAUAAUUUGUUUGUUUAGAAUGCCCAGUCCAGAGCACUGAUCGGAAGUCAUCUUACAUUGUCUACAAAAUCAAUGAACAUGUCUUUAAGCAUAUAUCUCCCCAAGAGAAGUCAUGCUGUUCAAAGGUCUAACAUUGAGCCAGAUCCAGAUAAACAGAUUUUCAACCUCGCUAAAUAUUUAUUUUGUCGGGUGUGGAUGAGUUUUGAACAAUGACGAGCAGAGGCAUGAUGGCUUUGGUCCAUCGUCAGUCAAUUGGAUCGGAUUUGCCUUAGCAAGUAACCUGAGUCUGUGAUCUAGUGGUUAAAGCACUGGCGUUCUAAGCUGGGAUCCCAGAUUGGAGUACCACCAGGGACAUUUUUUGGCCCAAAAAAAGGAAGGGUAGCUCUGAAGAACACUGCACUAGGUCAUGCAAUUUUUCUCUGUUUGCAUUUAUUUUAUGAUAUAUAUAUCAUAACAAAAUGAAAGGUUUAUUUAAUAAUGUGCAGCAUGGUUUCAGAGCGAUGAAGAGUGUAGAAUAAUUUUUGAUUCAUGUAUAUAGUUGCAUAGGGAAAUUCAGUAAUCGUUUGUAAUCGAUUACAUAAGGAUUUUCUUUAAAUGUAAUCAUAUGUAUAGUAUACUAGUUCCUUUGGGGAAAAAUUUGACACUCACUUUGCUCAUGAUACAGUCUCCAUGGGUGAUAAUUUCAGGAUUUGGAAUAUGCCAAUUAUUAUUUUUUUUUUUU